GGGAGGAGCCGUGUGCAGGGGGAGCUGGGUACCAGGCUGGGGCAUGUGAUGGGCUUUUUGCUCUUACGUCACGGCACCGUGUCCACGCGUGUGAUAAAAUCCUGAUGUGUCAGCCCGGGAGGGUGGCAGCAGGAAGGGGACCGUAAGGGGAGCGCACCCCCAGGAGAAACCUUUGUGUGCCAGGGCAUCGUUCGGUCCUCGCAAGCCCCCCGGGGAGCUUGCUCUGCGUGGGGGCUGUGUCCUGCUUCUUCCCUCGUGUGGUUUUGGGGAGUGGAUUCGGUGUUCUCCUUCCGAACCAUCCUGGGCUGGCAAAAAUACAUCCACCGCUCUCCUGGGUGAGGCCUCUUUGGAAACCAUCCCGGGGUGGUGAUGCGGCGUUGGAUGGAGCUGGACCGCGCCGGGGAGCAGCGCUGAGGACUCACCUGCAUGUGCUGCUGCUCUGCUCACCUCGAGGGACGCCACCGAGGUCCUAAAGCUGCCCAAAGCAUCCAGGAUGGUCAUGUCCAGACAGCAGCUCCCCUGUGCAGCAGCAGCAGCAGCAGCAGCAGCCUUUGCCCUCUGCCUUCACCUCGUCAGCACCAUUGAAGUCCCUCUGGAUUCAAAUAUUCAGAGUGAAUUGCCUCAGCCCCCCACAAUCACCAAGCAGUCUGUGAAGGACUACAUUGUCGACCCAAGGGAUGACAUCUUCAUUGAAUGUGAAGCCAAAGGGAACCCAGUUCCCACCUUCUCCUGGACACGGAAUGGGAAGUUCUUCAACGUGGCCAAGGACCCCAGGGUGUCGAUGCGGCGGCGGUCGGGGACUUUGGUCAUCGACUUCCACAGCGGGGGGCGCCCGGACGACUACGAGGGCGAGUAUCAGUGCUUCGCCCGCAACGACUACGGCACUGCCCUCUCCAGCAAGAUCCACCUCCAGGUCUCCAAGUCUCCCCUGUGGCCCAAGGAGAAGGUGGAUGUGAUCGAGGUGGACGAAGGUGCUCCACUCAGCCUGCAGUGCAACCCACCACCUGGCCUCCCCCCUCCUGUCAUCUUCUGGAUGAGCAGCUCCAUGGAGCCCAUCCAGCAGGACAAACGUGUCUCCCAGGGCCAGAAUGGGGACCUCUACUUCUCCAAUGUCAUUCUGCAGGAUGCCCAGACUGACUACAGCUGCAACGCUCGCUUCCACUUCACCCACACCAUCCAGCAGAAAAACCCCUACACCCUCAAGGUGAAAACCAAGAAACCCCAUAACGAAACGUCCUUACGAAAUCACACUGCCAUGUACAGUGCCCGAGGGAUCUCAGAGACAACUCCCAGCUUCAUGUUUCCCUAUGGGACCUCAAGCAGCCAGAUGGUGCUCAGAGGGGUGGACCUCUUGCUGGAGUGCAUUGCUUCAGGAGUCCCAGCACCAGACAUCAUGUGGUACAAGAAAGGAGGAGAGCUCCCAGCAGGCAAAACCAAGCUGGAGAACUUUAACAAGGCUCUUCGAAUCUCCAAUGUCUCUGAGGAAGACUCUGGGGAGUAUUUCUGCCUGGCCUCCAACAAGAUGGGCAGCAUCAGGCACACGAUCUCGGUGAGAGUGAAGGCUGCUCCAUACUGGCUGGAUGAACCCCAAAACCUCAUUCUGGCCCCUGGGGAGGAUGGCAGGUUGGUGUGUCGAGCCAAUGGGAACCCCAAGCCUUCCAUCCAGUGGCUGGUGAAUGGUGAGCCCAUAGAAGCUUCUCCCCUCAACCCCAGCCGAGAGGUGGCAGGGGACACCAUUGUCUUUCGAGACACCCAGAUCGGCAGCAGCGCCGUGUACCAGUGCAACGCCUCCAACGAGCACGGCUACCUCCUGGCCAAUGCCUUUGUCAGUGUCCUGGAUGUGCCCCCACGGAUACUGGCCCCCCGCAAUCAGCUCAUCAGGGUGAUCCAGAACAACAGGACCCGACUCGACUGCCCCUUCUUUGGCUCUCCAAUCCCCACCCUGAGAUGGUUUAAGAACGGCCAAGGGAACACUCUGGAUGGAGGCAACUACAGAGCGCACGAGAACGGCAGCCUGGAGAUGGAGAUGGCUCGGAAGGAGGAUCAGGGCAUCUACACCUGUGUGGCCACCAACAUCCUGGGUAAAGCAGAGGCCCAGGUUCGUCUGGAGGUCAAAGACCCCACCAGGAUUGUGAGGGGCCCAGAAGAUCAGGUGGUGAAGAGGGGCUCCAUGCCUCGGCUCCACUGCAGGGUGAAGCACGACCCCACGCUGAAGCUCACAGUCACCUGGCUGAAGGAUGAGGCUCCUCUGUACCUUGGCAGCAGGAUGAAGAAAGAAGAUGAUGGCCUGACAAUAUUUGGGGUGGCUGAAAAGGACCAAGGGGAUUACACCUGCGUGGCGAGCACGGAGCUGGACAAGGACUCAGCCAAAGCCUUCCUCACUGUGCUAGCUGUCCCUGCUAACCGUUUGAGAGACUUACCCAAAGCGCGCCCGGACCAGCCCCGCGACCUGGAGCUGACAGACCUGGCCGAGAGGAGCGUGCGGCUGACCUGGAUCCCUGGUGAUGACAACAACAGCCCCAUCACAGACUACAUCGUCCAGUUCGAGGAGGAUCGGUUCCAACCUGGCACGUGGCACAACCACUCCAGGUACCCUGGGAGCGUCAACUCUGCUGUCCUGAGCCUCUCUCCCUAUGUCAACUACCAGUUUCGGGUGAUAGCAGUGAAUGAUGUGGGCAGCAGCCUGCCCAGCGUGGCCUCUGAGCGAUACCAGACCAACGGGGCACGUCCUGAAAUUAACCCAACAGGAGUUCAGGGUGCAGGGACCCAAAAAAACAACAUGGAGAUAACCUGGACGCCUCUGAAUGCAACUCAAGCUUAUGGGCCCAACCUCAGGUACAUUGUGAGAUGGAGGAGGAGAGACCCCCGAGGCAGCUGGCACAAUGAGACAGUCAAGACCCCGAGGCAUGUGGUCUGGAACACCCCCAUCUACGUCCCCUACGAGAUCAAAGUGCAGGCAGAGAACGACUUUGGUCGAGCCCCAGAGCCUGACACCUACAUUGGCUACUCCGGGGAGGACUAUCCCAAGGCUGCACCUACGGAUGUUAGGAUCAGAGUCUUAAACAGCACUGCCAUUGCUCUGACCUGGACACGAGUGCACCUGGACACCAUCCAGGGCCAGCUCAAGGAGUACAGAGCCUAUUUCUGGAGAGACAGUAGCUUGCUGAAGAACCUCUGGGUCUCCAAAAAGCGGCAGUAUGUGAGUUUCCCUGGAGACAGAAACAGGGGCAUAGUGUCCAGGCUGUUCCCUUACAGCAACUACAAGCUUGAGAUGGUUGUAACCAACGGGAGAGGUGAUGGGCCCCGAAGUGAAGUCAAAGAGUUCCCCACACCAGAAGGAGUGCCCAGCUCCCCCAGGUACUUAAGAAUCCGACAACCCAAUCUGGAAAGCAUCAAUCUGGAGUGGGAUCACCCAGAGCAUCCCAACGGAGUCCUCACAGGAUACAACCUUAGAUACCAAGCCUUUAAUGGAUCCAAAACGGGCAGAACUCUGGUAGAGAACCUCUCUCCCAAUCAGACAAGGUUCACCCUGCAGAGGGCAGACCCCAUCUCGCGCUACCGCUUCUUCCUGCGCGCACGGACCCAGGUGGGAGAAGGAGAGGCCAUAGUGGAGGAGUCCCCAGCCCUGCUGAAUGAAGCCACACCAACCCCAGCUGCAACUGGGCCACCUCCAACUACAGUUGGUCCAACCAGUACUACAACAACCCCAACUACCACCAGUACUACAGCCCCAACUACCACCACCGACACAACUACCACAGCUACUGACACUACUACUACUACUACUACUACUGCCACUACUACUACCACCACCACUACAGAUGCCACCACUCUACCUGCCACCACCGUCGCCACCACCACAGCAGCUACUGAGAGGGCUCCAGCAGCCACCACAAAGCAGGAGUUGGCCAUCAAUGGAUCAUCCAUAUGGGACAUAAGAGCUAUGGCUAAUAGUAACUGGGCAAACAUCACCUGGAGCCACAAUUACUCGGCAGGAACUGACUUUGUGGUUAAGUAUAUCACCAGUAACAACACAGAGAGAUCAAUCCCUGUUAAAGCUCAGACCCCUUCCUCUGUGCAGCUGGCGGAUCUGACGCCGGGGAUGAUGUACAAGCUGUGGGUGUUCCCCAUAUGGUCUAGCCCCAGCGAGCACUCGUACAUCACCUUUACCACCAGCUCAGCUUACACCAAGAACCAGGUGGACAUCGCCACGCAGGGCUGGUUCAUCGGGCUGAUGUGCGCCAUCGCUCUGCUGGUCCUCAUCCUGCUCAUCGUUUGCUUCAUCAAGAGGAGCAGAGGUGGGAAAUACCCAGUACGAGACAAUAAAGAUGAGCAUCUAAACCCCGAGGACAAGAAUGUAGAAGAUGGCUCCUUCGACUACAGUGACGAGGACAACAAGCCCCUGCCGAACAGCCAGACCUCCUUGGACGGCACGAUAAAGCAGCAGGAGAGCGACGACAGUCUGGUGGACUACGGAGAGGGAGGCGAAGGGCAGUUCAACGAGGACGGCUCCUUCAUCGGGCAGUACACGGUGAAGAAGGACAAAGAGGAGACAGAAGGCAACGAGAGCUCAGAAGCCACCUCCCCAGUCAAUGCUAUCUACUCGCUGGCGUAACUCAAAUGCCCUGAAGCCACCAACAGCCUGAGGUGUUUGUAGUGGUUGGGGGGACGAGGGUAGGGGUGGGGGGGGUGGGGAGGGUGGGGAGGGAGUUAAAACUUAACAGCCGCCGCUAGCUCCAGCGUCUGAAGGGAACCAAGCAACGGUGACAAGCGACGACGACAGCAAGGAACAAGAGCAAAACGCAACGAAACCGAACCGAGACAAAACGAAACGAAUCGAGACGAAACGAAACGAAACGAAACGAAAGAAGACAAAACGAAACGAGGCAAAACGAAACGAAACGAGACGAGACGAGACAAAACCAAGGGAGGCAAAACGAAAGGAGACAAAACGAAACGAAACGAGACGAGACAAAACGAAAGGAGGCAAAACGAAAGGAGACAAAACGAAACGAAACGAGACGAGACAAAACAAAAGGAGACAAAACGAAACGAAACGAGACGAGACAAAACGAAAGGAGGCAAAACGAAAGGAGACAAAACGAAAGGAGACAAAAAGAAACGAGAAGAAACAUAAGAAAGAAAGAACCGAAGCCAAUGCAACGAAAGAGGCAGACCAGGUGGCUGCUGCUGCUGCUGUCAUCUUACCCUUAGCAAACAAGCCAGCAAUGAGGACUCGCUGGGGCACGGAUGGGUUGUAGUUGAGAUCUGGGCUGAGCCCAAAAGGGGAUUGGAGGUGGAUUGGGAUGCUUCAGCCGUACCCCCAGCUUCUGGGCUGGCCCCAGCACCCAGCCUGGCACUGGCCGUGCCGUGGGCUUGGCCAUUUGGGCUCCUCAAGGCUCUUUUUUUUUGUUGUUGUUCUUUUGGGAGGGAGUUUAAAAAAAAAAAAAAACAACAAACAAAACAAAACAAAACUUCUUUUUGAUCUUUACCGGAAGGUUUCAGAUAAGAGAGGGGAGGAGAGGAAGGAAGAAAGUAACAGAAUGGGCUUGGGGAGAGAGGAGGGGGAGUGUGGGCUGGGCAGAGCGGUGAGAGCAGCUUAAGUGCACGAAAGGAGGUGGAUCUUUGGGCAGCGACACCACGGCACUGAGUUGUCCAUCCUCAUGGCAACACCUUGCCCAUAGCCUCUCCCUAACUCUACCCAGCACCUCGACACCCUUCCCAAAAAGCCAAGCAGGACCUAUGCAAGGAAGAGCAGGUGUGUCCCCCCCACCUCCCUUGGCACCAUAACUCACAUCCAAGCCCACCGGGAGCUCACAGACCGCCCUGAGAGGGCUCUGGAGCAUCCCGGAGAGGACAAGAGGUCUCAGAAGGGAUCUUAAGGAGGACACAGCCUGGUGCCACUCACCCUCCAAGCCCACGAGAGCAGCACUGCUUGCCUGGUUAACUGCAGGCAACGCGUUUUGGUUCAGCACGGGGUUGGGGGGGGGGGGGAAUCUGCCCCCAGCCCAUGCCUGCUGUCUUGGAAGGGCAACUCCACGCAUCUUAUGUAGCAAAGAGGGAGCGGAAGCAGGACCAGCGCUGAUGCAGGACGAGGGGACCAGGAGUCACUUAUUUUUUUUUUUAAAGCAAAUAAAGCCCUCGUGAAUAACUCAAAGGCACCCAGUCAGGAUGAGAAGCACCCCCCCAGGGCGGGGUGGAAGGGUCCCGUCGGCAGCUCGAACGCUUCUGGGACACACACCCCUCAGGAGAUGGGGAGGAAGGCGCACGGUGGGAGCCCAGCACCUGAGGUCCACACCUCCCCCAGACCUCAGGGAUGAGCCAGACCGACAGCAUCUCCCCCUGCCCUCCCUUCCUCAUUUCUGACAGUGGCCUUCCCCUCCCCCCACCUCAACCCCCCCUUUCUCCAUCAACCAGCCUGAGCAAGAGCCUUCCGCCAGCGACCGCCUGCGCCGCAGGGGCUCCCCUGCGCUGUCUUCUUCACAUAUCAGGACAAAAGUGGCUUCAGCCAACCCCUUCCCAGGCUGGAACAAAGCAUCUCGGGCUAGGAGUGCUCCUUCACAUGCCUUACACAGCUUGGAACUUCCCGGGAAGUUUAACAAACUGAUAUUAUCUCCUCCCCACUCCUCCCCUCCUCCUCCAACCGCUUCUGCGCCCCUAACUCCUCCAUGGUCUCUUUCGAUCCACCCAGCCCAGUAGGAGUAGGAUGCUUGGGUGGCUCUGCCAGCUGAGCCAGCAUGGAUCACUGUAGAAGGUAGAGUUUUCUAAUAGACCAUAUACUUAGUGGCCAAUGCCAUGUUGUAUUCUCCCACUUCCUGCACUUUUGAAACCAAAGGUACCUUCGCUGAGAGACUUGGGAUGGCUUCAGACCCUUUCACCAUCAGCAAACGACGUUGGGAUGGAUUUUCACCACCACCACCACCACCACCAUUCCCUUUUCUUUUCUUUAAAUUUCUAUUUUAUGUUUUUUUUUUUUACUCUAAGGAGGAUGAUUUUGGUCAGCAGAAGAGAUGAAAGGCAACAGGAUUAAUGCAGUUGUUCUUUCAGCUUUCCAGCUGGGUUGGCUGUGAAGAUGAGUCGCUAAGCGGAGUGCUUCUGCUAACAGGGACUGUUCAAGGUGGACUCUGCCACGUUCUUUGAAGCUGCUAAUGGCACAGCUGCCCUGUGCUUUGGAGGUCAGCCUGGACUUGCUCAGCACCUGCUCAGCACCUUCUGCUGCAUCACACAGAGAAAACAGGAGGGAGCUGGAUGCAAGAGUGGAAUCACACAGAAUGUGAGGGGUUGGAAGGGACCUCUGGAGAUCAUCGACCCCAACCCUCCCUGCCAAGGCAGGGUCACCUAAAGAAGGUCACAUAGAAACACAUCCAGGCAGGAGUUGAAUGUCUCCAGAGAUGGAGCCUCCACAGUCUCUCUGGGCAGCCUGUACCAGUGCUCCAUCACCUUUCAAUUAAAGAAGUUCCUCCUCGUGAAGGAGUUAUGAGCAAAGGAGCUAUGUGCACCACAGGAGCCAAGGUUUGGGCUGCUGUUUACAGAGUGAGUCUCACCCUAGAGCUGUGGGAGCUGCUGGUACCCCAGGACAGUGCAGGGAUGUCCCCUCUGCACCACACACAGGAAUCCAUCUGCUGAGGUCCUCCACCCAUGUCCCCUUACAGAGCAAGAGCAGUGCAACUUGCUCUGGUACCACACACAGGAAUCCAUCUGCUGAGGUCCCAUGUCCCCUUACAGAGCAGGAGCAGUAUCACUUGCUCUGGUAGCACACACAGGAAUCCAUCUGCUGAGGUCCUUCACCCAUGUCCCCUUACAGAACAGGAGCAGUGCAACUUGCUCUGGUGCCACCACAGCAAACACAUUCAUGCAACCAGCCUAUUUCUGCUGCUGCCACUCGCCACUGAGCUGCUCUGAAGAGAGCAUCUCCCAGCCCAGGACGUGCAGGGAUAAUCACUUCCCAAGCUCCCAGCUGUCCUCACAACACUGAGUUCACUCAGCUUGCCCAAGCUCUGGUGGAAAUGAGGAGAGGAAGGAACAACAGCAGCCCCUGCUGUGCCUCUGCCACCAGAGCUGGGCAUCUUCACUCACACCCAGCACACCACAUCCUCACCGCUUUGGGCACUGAGCACUAAUCCAAUGGGGACCACAAGACCCUUGGCUACCACACAGCACCUCCAAACCUCCAGGCAGUUGGCCAGGCAGAGGUGGAAGCAGGGCAGUCUGUGUGCCCUUCACACCAGAGGCUGUCUUCAUAGACUCAUUAAAUGCAUCAGGUUGGAAGGGACCCUCAAAGCUCAUCCAAUCCAACCCCCACCCUUGCAGCAAGCAGGGGACAGCUCCCACUAGAGCAGAUUGCUCCGAGCCACAUCAAACCUGACCUUGAAUGUCUCCACCAUCUCCCUGGGACAACCUGUUGCAAUGUUCCACCACCCUCAUAGUAAAGAGCUUCUUCCAGCUGUCCCAUCUAGAUCUGCCCUGCUGUAGUCUUUCUCUCCUGUCAUUAAGCAUCAAAUCACUGAGCAAAGCUCACAGCACCCAUCUGGAAAUGGAGAAAUGCCUCACCCUGGAGCUCUGCAGAGUAUGCCCCAAGCAAGCAGGGAGGGAAGGAGUCGACCUCAACCCAGCCAGGUCUGUCCUUGCCUCAGAAAGUCUUCUAGAAGCAUUUAGAAUCUUACCACCAGGUGAUUUGGAGUAACCAGCAAAGGAAGGGAGAUGCCUGCAGAGGACCCAGUGGGCAGUGGGGCUUGGUGUAAGUGACUUGUAGCCUUGUAUUAACUGGGUGUAAAAAUUACUCACAAAUGAUAAAAGCUCUAUUAAAAAAGUCAACAUUUUUUUUUCUUGGAAA